GAAGCGUGUUUAGCGCAGAGCUCACGCGCCGUACGGAAGUGUGCUCUGGCGCACCGGAAGCUGCCGGAAGAGAGCGAUGGCGGGUUUGACUGUGAGAGACCCUGCGGUGGAUCGUUCUCUGCGUUCGGUGUUCGUGGGGAACAUUCCAUAUGAGGCUACCGAAGAGCAAUUAAAGGACAUCUUUUCUGAGGUUGGACCUGUUGUUAGUUUCAGGUUGGUAUAUGAUAGGGAGACAGGAAAGCCAAAGGGUUAUGGCUUCUGUGAAUACCAAGACCAGGAGACAGCACUUAGUGCCAUGCGAAACCUGAAUGGGCGUGAGUUCAGCGGAAGAGCACUCCGAGUGGACAAUGCUGCCAGUGAAAAGAACAAAGAAGAGCUCAAGAGCCUUGGCACUGGUGCCCCUGUCAUUGAGUCACCUUAUGGAGAGACCAUCAGUCCUGAGGAUGCCCCUGAGUCCAUUAGCAAAGCAGUUGCCAGUCUUCCACCAGAGCAGAUGUUUGAGCUGAUGAAACAAAUGAAGCUCUGUGUCCAGAAUAGUCCCCAGGAAGCACGGAACAUGUUGCUUCAGAACCCUCAGCUGGCUUAUGCUUUGCUACAAGCACAGGUAGUGAUGAGAAUUGUGGAUCCAGAGAUUGCCCUGAAAAUUCUGCAUCGCCAGACAAAUAUUCCAACACUGAUUGCAGGCAACCCUCAGCCAGUCCACAGUGCUGGGCCUGGCUCAGGAUCCACUGUGUCAAUGAACCAGCAGAAUCCUCAGGCCCCUCAGGCUCAGUCUUUGGGUGGAAUGCAUGUCAAUGGUGCACCUCCUCUGAUGCAAGCUUCUAUGCAGGCUGGAGUUCCAGCUCCAGGGCAGAUACCAGCAGCUGUAACAGGACCUGGUCCUGGUUCCUUAGCUCCUGGAGCAUAUAUAUUUCCUUUGAAGAAAAGAGAAUUAUUGCUGUGUAGAAAGGACGAGACAAGGACUUGUGGAGGAAUGCAAGCCCAGGUUGGAAUGCCAGGAAGUGGACCAGUGUCCAUUGAACGGGGACAAGGAACCCUACAGCACUCGCCUGUGGGACCCGCCGGGCCUGCAUCAAUUGAGCGAGUUCAAGUGCCGAUGCAGGACCCCAGAGCCGCUAUGCAGCGUGGGCCCUUGCCUGCCAAUGUCCCAACUCCUCGAGGUCUAUUGGGAGACGCUCCAAAUGACCCGCGUGGAGGCACUUUACUUUCUGUAACUGGAGAGGUAGAGCCUAGAGGUUACCUGGGACCACCUCAUCAGGGUCCACCCAUGCACCAUGUCCCAGGCCAUGACAGCCGUGGCCCACCCCCACAUGAGUUGAGGGGAGGGCCAUUAGCUGAGCCCAGACCUCUAAUGGCAGAGCCAAGAGGACCCAUGCUAGAUCAGAGGGGUCCACCCUUGGAUGGCAGAGGCGGAAGAGAUCCCCGAGGCAUAGAUGCACGAGGGAUGGAGGCACGAGCCAUGGAGGCUAGAGGAUUAGAUGCCAGAGGAUUGGAGGCCCGUGCAAUGGAAGCCCGCGCGAUGGAGGCCCGCGCGAUGGAGGCCCGUGCGAUGGAGGCCCGCGCGAUGGAGGCCCGUGCGAUGGAAGUCAGAGGGAUAGAGGCCAGAAGUAUGGAUACAAGGGGCCCGGUCCCUGGCCCUAGAGGCCCUAUGCCUAGUGGAAUCCAGGGUCCCAGUCCAAUUAACAUGGGGGCAGUUGGCCCCCAGGGAUCCAGACAGGUCCCAGUCAUGCAGGGAGCAGGCAUGCAAGGGGCGAGCAUUCAGGGUGGAGGUCAGCCUGGGGGCUUUAGUCCUGGCCAGAACCAAGUUACCCCACAGGAUCAUGAGAAGGCUGCUUUGAUCAUGCAGGUUCUUCAGCUGACUGCAGACCAGAUCGCCAUGCUGCCUCCUGAGCAGAGGCAGAGUAUCCUGAUCUUAAAGGAACAAAUACAGAAAUCCACUGGAGCACCUUGAAAGGUUUUCAAAAAUACCUGGCAACAAAUCGGGAAAUUAAUUCCAUAACUUUGUUGAAAUGUUACAAAAAGAUGACUUCUGCAUCCUAACCCUUGAAUGACUCAAAUUGGUGCCAGGUGGAGGAUUCCCAUCACCUUCUCUCAGAACAAAAUCAGUUCAUUCUGUUGUCUUAGUUUGUAUAUUUUCUGUGACUUGAAAUAAACUUUGAACACAAUUUUAGUAUACUGCAAAUUGAUAUACACCUUUUUGCUUUUAAAAGGCUGAACACCAAGGGUGAAACCUUAGAUGUGUUUUCAACCCUUACCGCAGUAUUGUACUUUAAUGUUAUAUUGCCAUAGUUCUGUUUUUCCUUUAAGUUAACCACUUAUUCUUCUUGGUGAUAUUUGAGAAUUUCUCAGAAGCAAUGUUUUCUGGAACUUAGUUUUUGCUUUGUUCGCUUCCAGCAGGAAUAAUAAGAUUUGCCCUUUGAGAACUUGCUAGAACUUCUGAGUUUACUGGGAGAAAAUAGCCCCUGCUUAGAGCUAUUAAAUGGUCAGAAGGCCAACAAAGCAAAGAGCCUAGCAGAGCAGUGUAUUUGGUUUAGGAAAAGCUAAUGAUCAAAAUGCACUUUUUUUUUAUCAAUAGCAGGUUUAUUCACAUGCAUAUUUCAGAGCUAAGACAAAAAUGUUGUAUUGGCACUGGUUCAAGUGUGUCAGCAACACAGGAGACUGUUAACAUUUACCUGUCUGUUCUAAAACUCUGCAGUCUUGGUAGUCAACCUCAAAAGUUAAAGAAGCCACUAACUUUUCACAUGUUCAAGAAGUAAAAACUAAAUAGAAAUCAAAGGAACAAAAUACAUUUCAUUCUGCCUUCUAGGUAAUCACUAACUUAUAGCCUUCCCCCAUAACCAAAUUUAUUCUGGGAAAUUAAAACAUAGAAAACCCUAAAACUUCUACAUUCUUCUCAUUUAUUUUAAGAGGACCAAAUGUAGAUCACAAGCAGUCAGAUUGCCCAUUAGGCCUGCCCCUGUCUGCUUCCUUACAGAUAGAUGUGACAGUAAUUAGUGCCACUCGCUCUGACCUAUGGCUCCUCCUGCCUAGUAUUCUCUCUCUCAUAGUGGCAUUAAGGAGGAACAUGAUUUCUCUCCCAUCAGGCCAACCUCAAGAGGUUAAGAGAUGCCUUAAUAAUUAGUAAAGUUCCACUGGAACUAUUCUUUGAACCUAUUUAUAUUCUCAGAAUCCUACCCUCUGGGUGAGGAUUAUGGUCAAGUGAAUUAAAAGCCUGCCAUAGGCUUAGAGAAUGUAAUAGCAUAUUGCUUACAUGUCAAGCAAAAUAAUGCAAUGAUAAUCAACUUUAUGAGAGACAUUGAAAUUGAGGGAUUUUCUAUUCUGAUAUGUAAACAUUUACUACGAAAAAAAUUCGCUGAAUAAGCUACUUCAUAUUACAACCUAGGAAGAAAAACGCCCAAAACAGCUGAGGAGCUUUCUGGGUAUCCUGCUCAUUCCCAAUUCAGGCUUGGAUGUUGAUUAUACAUAGGAUUUAUUAUCAUUACCUUUUCUGCCUACUUCCAUGAAUAUUCUAGGCCUUAACAUGUUGAUUUUAGCAGUAGUCCUAUCUCAAAGUAUUGAUAUAGUUAGACAUUGAAAACUGAAAGUGAAGCCUUUCUCAUUAGGAACUCAUUAUGUAAGUUUCAAGGAACACUAAGAUUCCAAAUCAAAAUCAACGAAGAUCAAAUUAUGUGGUCAGCAGUUGUCUAAGAGGAGCCAAAUCAUCCAGGUUCCAUUGUGCAUUUUCCUAAAGCCUUAUUAAAUUUCAUUUAGAUUGUUGAAAUCCAGGAAAUCAGCAACAGCAGGGAUAUUCCAAUCUGUUCUACAGAAAUAGCCAUUACUAUUUUUUCUGAUGUCCAAUUAAAUGAAACACAAUUAGCUGCCGUGAGUUCAUGACACCUUUGUUUUGUUCAGACUAGUUACUGAAAAUGGAUCUUACCAAUCCUUCAAGUCAUUCAGGUUUUUGGAUAAUUAGAAACAACCAUCUAUUCAUUUUUGGUCACUUAAUGGUAGAGAAAUAGGUGCUAUAAUGCUAAUUUAGUAGAAACAUUCUUACAAAUUUAAUCAGUUGACUUGUUUUGGGGCACAAUGAAGUAUGGGUUUUUUUCCCCUCUUUUUUAAGGGCCCCCCCCCCCCCGUCUUCUUCGCUUCUACUGAUCACUGUGAUUACUAACAUCCCAGAGCCAGGUGGAUGGGAGAAAUAAAAAGCAUUUUGAUAGGAGAUAAGACAUUUUGCUUAUGUCAUUAGGUGAAUGAUUCCUUAAUAAAUAGGGAAGAGCCGGAAAAAUGGUAUAAAAGUUUUAAAUUAUCUUUUUUAAAAAUGAAACAUUCGUAAACCACCUUAGUAAAAAUGAUUAAAGAGCCCCUGUUGACUGUCAUCUUAAGAUGGAGUUCGAGUUUUUGCAGUUAUUUCCAACAGAACCAUGUAAGCUAAUGAUAAUAUAUCUGACUUUCAAUUAUAAUUUCAAUUAUAAUUAGCAUCGUUUCAAGAUUUUCUUUCCCAAAUGGGGAACCUAGAUUAAGUAAUAAGAUUCAUUCAUUAAGCAAAGAGGAAAAUCCUUCAUUUCUUGACAAGCAAAAAUAAGUAAAGCAGAAAUUGCUAUUCACACUGGAUAAGACCAUGUUUUAAAUAACAGUAAGAAUGUACAUAGUGUUAUAUAGGGAUGGGGUUCUUGGUGAUUUUAUGUUCAUUGUUUUA